CUGACGGUGCAGCAGCCCGCAGCCUCAGCCAGGGAGUCCCAGUCGCUUUCAAUGGAGGAGAAGCCCGGCCAGCCACAGUCUCAGCACCAUCACAGCCACCACCAUCCGCACCAUCAUCCCCAGCAGCAGCAACAGCAACAGCCGCACCACCACCACCAUUAUUAUUUCUACAACCAUAACCACAACCACCACCACCACCACCAUCACCAGCAGCCUCACCAGUACCUGCAGCAUGGAGCCGAGGGCAGCCCCAAGGCCCAGCAAAAGUCGCUGAAACAUGAGCAGAAACACGCCCUCCAGCAGCACCAGGAAACGCCGAAGAAGAAAACAGAAAUGGAAUCUGUUUGGAAUUUGCAGAAGCAAGAUCCCAAAAGGAUAAUCACUUACAAUGAAGCCAUGGAUAGUCCAGAUCAAUGAAGGUAGCAGGACCAGACUGCCUAUUCGUAACCUUUCUGCAGCAUUAAGAGCCACUGUUCAUGGGGGACGCAAGGCUUUUAUGCUCCUAGAUCUUCGCAGCAGAGGAACCAUAAGUAGAAUCACAGGAUAAUAUAUACAAAUAUAUAUAGUUAUUUUAAAAAAAGGCAACUGAAAGUAAUUAGAUUUCUUAAGGAAUCAAAAAUUAUUUCAAGAGACUACACAUGGUUAUUUAAUCUCCAGUACUGAAUAGUUCCCCCGCCCUUUUGUUAGAUUUUGUUUUUAAAGAGUGAAUGCAAGUGAUUAAUGAAUACAGACUUAACACGCGUGGUUCUAAAGUUCCUGCUGUCAUCAACUUGGGCAACAUAUAUGACCCACUGGAAAGGCAAAUCCACUUAAAAGAUCUCUGUCUUGUUCUGUGACUAAAGUGAUACACUAAUCAC